GUUGCGGAAGUGGAGACCGGUGGGCAGGCGUCUGAGACAGGGCAUGUGAAAGUUGUGGGACCAUAAUUUGUGACAUCGGAUGAUUUUUUUGGUACGCAGACAUUUAUGAUUCUGGAAAAUUAAGGCAGAUAGGAAGAUUAAGGCACAAACUACACCAUGGACAUAAAGCUGGACCCGUCCCAAGAUGACCUGCCUCUCCUGGCCAACACCAGCCACAUUCUCGUGAAGCACUACGUAGUGGAUGUAGAUGUGAAUUUCGAAAGUCAAGACAUUGAGGGCACCAUAGUGCUUUUCUUUGAGUCUGGAAACAGAUUCAAGAAACGGAGCAGUUCCACUGAAGAAACCUGCCAGUCGGAGUCAGACGAAGCCUGUGAAUUUAGAACGCCUGGACCCUGCCAUAUUCCCAUGACAAACACAGGGACCUCCUCAUCUAAAAUGGGAUAUAAUGAUUUUGCCAUCUGUGGUAAAGGUGAAAAAGAUACUUCUGAUGAAGAUGGUAACCAUGACAACCAGGAACUGGCUUCUGGGAUUUCUAGUUCAAAGUACUGUCGAGACCCAGGGAAUCCUGGGAGUGAGGGUUUUUUGCUGGUGUUGGACUGCUGUGAUUUAUCGGUGUUAAAGGUUGAAGAGGUGGAUGUUGCUGCUGUGCCAGGUAUUGAAAAAUUUACAAGGUCUCCCAAGCUCACAGUUGUUUCUGAGGAGCUCAGGAAUCAGAUUGUACGUGAACUAGUGACUCUGCCUGCAGAUCGUUGGAGGGAGCAGUUAGACUAUUAUGCUCGCUGCAGCCAGGCUCCUGGCUGCGGGGAACUCCUGUUUGCCACUGACACUUGGAGCUUACAGAUCAGGAAGACAGGGGCUCAGACAGCUGCUGAUUUUCCUCACGCCGUAAGGAUCUGGUACAAAACCAAACCCAAGGGGAGAUCAGUUACGUGGACCUCAGACCAGAGUGGCAGGCCAUGUGUUUAUACUAUGGGAUCCCCCAUAAACAACAGGGCCCUUUUUCCAUGCCAGGAGCCACCCGUUGCCAUGUCAACAUGGCAGGCCACAGUUCGAGCAGCUGCGUCUUUUGUUGUUUUAAUGAGUGGGGAAAAUUCUGCCAAGCCAACACAGCUUCGGGAAGGGUAUGCAAGCUGGCAUUACUACGUCACCAUGCCAAUGCCAGCCUCCACCUUCACAAUUGCAGUGGGAGCCUGGGAAGAAAUGAAGCCACCAUCCUGCUCAUCAGAUGAUCUAGCAACAGAGAGAGCAUCCCCAGCUUCCGAGACCAACUUCAGGUGUGCUGGCCCUUGCGGUCACGUGGACUACCCCUGCCGCUUCCAGGAUGCUUCUGCCACCUCCCAGGAGAUCAUUCCUUAUCGGGUCUUUGCCCCGGAGAGCCUCACGGGCAUCUGCCAAGAGACCCUCCUGCAGCUGAUCCCUCCCUGCCUCUCAGCAGCACAUUCCAUCCUGGGGACACACCCGUUCUCCAGGCUGGAUGUCCUCAUCGUCCCUGCCAACUUUCCAAGUCUGGGGAUGGCAAGCCCACACAUCAUCUUCCUCUCUCAGAGCACCGUGACGGGAGGGAGCCAUCUCUGUGGGACCCGUCUUUGCCACGAAAUUGCUCAUGCCUGGUUUGGCCUGGCCAUCGGGGCCCGCGACUGGACGGAGGAGUGGCUCAGUGAGGGGUUCGCCACUCACCUGGAAGAUGUGUUUUGGGCCGCAGCACAGCAGCAGCUGACCCCCACCGAGGCCCAGGAGCAGCUGGAGCUGAGGGCUUGCCUGCGAUGGCGGCGUCUGCAGGGCGAGGUGCAGAACUCGGCCGAGGAGAUGCAAGUGUUGAGACCUAACAAAGAGAAAACUGGCCAUGUGAGUGAGUCAGGUGCAUCUGUUAUCAAACAUGGACUCAAUCCAGAGAAGAUCUUCAUGCAGGUUCACUACUUAAAGGGCUAUUUCCUUCUACGGUUCCUUGCCAAAAGACUGGGAGAAGAGACUUACUUUUCAUUUUUAAGAAAAUUUGUGCACACAUUUCAUGGGCAGUUGAUUCUUUCCCAGGAUUUACUUCAAAUGCUGUUGGAGAACAUCCCAGAAGAAAAAAGGCUUGAGUUGUCUGUUGAAAACAUCUUCCACGACUGGCUUGAAAGUUCUGGAAUACCAGAGCCGCUGCAGAAGGAGCGCCAGGCCGGGGCGGAGUGCGGGCUCGCGCGGCAAGUGAGCGCCGAGGUCACGAAAUGGAUUCGAGUGAACCGGAGACCCAGAAAACGGAAACGAAGGGAGAACGAAGAGGUGUUUGAAAAGCUUCUUCCAGAUCAGCUCGUCUUGCUUUUGGAGCAGCUUUUGGAUCAGAAGACCCUGCAACCCCGAACUCUGCAAAGUCUUCAGAGAACCUACUACCUCGAGCAGCAGGAUGCAGAGGUUCGUCAUCGGUGGUGUGAACUCAUUGUGAAGCACAAGUACAGAGAUGCGUACAAACAUGUGGAGGCAUUCCUUCAGGAGGAUCAGAACAGCUGCGUUGGUUUCCCCUGAGUGCCACCCACUGCCAUCGUGAAAUCUCUGAAUUCUCUCCAGCACAGGCUAUGGCUCAGUGGUGCCAUGGUGCAGGUCAGAGUUUUCAGCGACCCUAAUUUAUGGUAAGUGUAAAGGUUAAAAGGGAGAGUGCAGUUGGCUGGAGCAGUCUGUCUGUACACCCACGACCCCGAGCCUCAUGUCCUUCCUAUGGGAGCUCCCUUUGCCACCUCCCAAGGGAGAUGAGUCCCUUCCAAGGAGCCCACAACCCUGCUGCUGCGUCCUGCAGGGGCCCCGUGUGGCACCUCCCUUUGCACGGUAGAGCCGUGGGGCUGACGGAAAGGAACCGGUUUCUAGUUGG